UAAAAGCGAUAUUGGAUGUUGGCGCAAUAUACAAACUUGUCUUCUACGGAGGUUCUUUGUUUGAGAUUUUAAAACACGGGGAUGUGAAAUGCCUGACGUUUUAACUUCGGUCUCAACUUCUCAUGAUUGUUCUGCGGAACGGAAACCGGAGAAGAAAAGUUCGUUACUUUCGUUCCGGAAUAUCUGUCAUCUAUGUUUUUUCCUGAUAAUAACCAUAAAGUUAUAUGGCGAAUAUUUUAAAAAUGUUGUUCUAGCCUUUUGGGUGUGCAUUUCAGUCAUUUUCAUGGGAUCUCAAACACAAAGAAGUUUCUCUGAUUCUUCAUAUCGUAAGAUAUGCUUUCUUUACUCACUCAUAUCACUUUCACACGUGAUACUAGUACAAUACUCUUUAUGGCAUCAGGGUUUAUAUGAUAUUCUCUUAGCUCAAACUUCCAGCUCAUUUUCAAGCUUAUCAUUAGUUCUUUGGUGUGCAUUAAUAUGCGACUGCUCAAUGAAAUUACUGCUGGUUUUUAUCAAAAGCACUGCUCUGUUUUUCUUGUCUAGAACAGUUGAUUGCUACACAAUGGGUUCAUUUUUGAGUAUGCUAGAGCAUAUAUUUCUACUUUUGAGACAUAUACCCUCUGGAAUACUUUGGAUAUAUUUUUUAAUGGAAUUUAAUUGGAAAUAUCAAGGCGUAUUAGCUGGAAGAAUCUUCGUCUGCUGUUUGUAUUGCAUUUUAAAAAUCUGUGUUGUUUUCUACGCGUGUAAAGAUGCUCUUCAAUUUUUCCGUUCUACAGUAAACGCUAAGCCGUAUACAAUCGAAUCAAAUACACCAUCGAAUGAAGUUUGUUAUAUGUGCCUUGAACUAUACAGUAUUGUUGGUGUUCUCCCGUGCGGUCAUAAAUUUUGUGCUAAGUGUACAUCACGUUGGUGUAAUGCAUUCACCAGUUGUCCAUGUUGUUCCAGUCAAGAGUUACAGACAAAUUCAAAAUGGCGGGAUGGAUCAAUGGAUUUAUUCAUUCAAUUUUAUUGAUAAAAUAAGUGCGCGUAUAUUAACAGUUGUUAGUUAUUAUUAUUUUUUUCUUAAAAAAAUAACUUUCUUAUUAUUUCUAUUGAUUUAACAUUCCUUAGAUUUUUCUUUCUAUAAUAAUAUGCCAAGGUUUUGUGUGUGUGUGUGUGGUUUGUGGGAUGUGGGUGGUUUUUCUGUGGAUAACCAACAGAUCUUGGGUUCGAAUCCCCACUCCACCUACACACGAACGCACACACACACAUCAAUCUGUCUGUUUUGUGACUCAUAUCCUACAAGGUUUAUUUGUCUUUUUUUCUAUUCGUAUUUUUAUUGGUUGACGUACAUUGUCUGUGUGUGCGUGUGUGUGUACCUGUAUGUGUGUGUCUU